GGCGGCGCCAGGCGGGGCAGCCCCGCGGGCCCGUACGUGCUGCCCGCCCCCGGCUGGGCCCGCCCCGGCCGCGGCCGCGCUGAGCGGGCGGGGAUGGAGGCGGCGGGGCGGCUGCCGGCGGGGGGCGAGGAGGAGCCCCCCGGGCCCUCGCUGCUGCCGCCGGGCGGGAACGGGAGCGGCAGCGCGGAGCUGCGCUCGGGGACGCACGGAGCCACCGUGGCGGCCUGCGCCUCCCUGCUGGCGCCCGUCUUCUGCCUGGGCUCCUACGGCAACCUCAUCGUGCUCCUGUCCUUCUUCGACCCGGCCCUCAGGAAAUUCAGGACCAACUUCGACUUCAUGAUCCUCAACCUCUCCUUCUGCGACCUCUUCAUCUGCGGGGUGGCCGCCCCCAUGUUCGCCUUCAUCCUCUUCUUCGGCUCGGCCCGCGACAUCCCGGGCGCCUUCUGCUUCACCUUCCACCUCACCAGCUCCGGCUUCAUCAUCAUGUCUCUCAAGACGGUGGCGGUCAUCGCGCUGCACCGGCUGCGCAUGGUGCUGGGGAGGCAGCCGCACCGCGCCGCCUCCUUCCCCUGCACGCUGCUGCUCACCCUGCUCCUCUGGGCCACCAGCUUCACCCUGGCCACCUUGGCCACCCUCCAGACCCGCAGCUCGCGCCUCUGCCUGCCCAUGUCCAGCUUCGCCGGCGGCGAGGGCAAGAUCAUCCUCUACCUCUACGUCACCGACUUCAUCUGCUGCGUGGCCGUGGUGUCCGUCUCCUACGUGAUGAUCGCGCAGGCCCUGCGCAGGAACGCCCGGGCGAGGCGGUGCCCGCCCGUGGUGGCCGUGGACGCCUCCAGACCGCAGCCCUUCGCGGUGCCCGGGGAGGCCGUGCCCGCCCUGUACCGGAACCAGAGCUGCGGCAAGCCGCUGCACGGCCACGCCAAGCACCCCGGCCCUGCGCCAGCCGCCGGGCAGCUCCAGCUCGUGUCGGCCGUCAACCUGUCCGCAGGCAAGGACUCCAGGGCCGUGGUGACGUGCGUGGUCAUCGUGCUCUCCGUCCUGGUUUGCUGCCUGCCCCUGGGCAUCUCCUUGGUGCAGGACGUGCUGUGCAGCAGCGGCGGCUUUGUUCUGUACCAGUUCGAGCUCUGCGGGUUUACCCUCAUAUUUUUCAAAUCUGGAUUAAAUCCUUUUAUAUAUUCCCGCAACAGUGCCGGACUUCGGCGACGGGUCCUCUGGUGCCUGCAGUACGUGGCCCUCGUCUUUUUCUGCUGCAAGCAGAAGACGAGGCUGCGGGCCAUGGGCAAAGGCAGCUUGGAAGUCAACAGGAACAAGUCGUCCCACCACGAGACCAAUUCAGCUUACAUGUUGUCUCCAAAACCUCAGAAGAAGCUGGCGGACCAAGGCUGUGGCCCGAGUCACUCCAAGGAGAGCGUGCUGAGCCCCAAGGCGUCCGUGGGGCACCAGCACUACGCGCAGAGCAGCUCGACCCCCAUGAACACCCGCAUCGAGCCCUAUUACAGCAUCUACAACAGCAGCCCUUCCCAGGAGGUCAGCACCCCCAACAGCCUGCAGCCCGGGAACUCCACCUUCGGCUUUGCCAAGUCCUACAUCGCCAUGCACUAUCACACCACCGGCGAGCUGGGCCGCGACCGCCAGGCCAGGCCCAUCCCGGUGCCCUCCGUGUGACCGCGCACAACACUUGGCUCUGGCUGCUCCAGCGCGUCCCCUGCGCUGGGUAAUAACUCUGAACUCAGCGAUGCGGAACUGCUGCCAGGUUAAAAAAUGCUGCCAAGGUCAAUAUCCAGCUAUUUGCAUUUGAAGUAAACACCGGGAUAUUCUUGAAUUUCUUUGGCAAGUCAAAAAUGGGUGAAAUCCUGGUUCUGUUGAGGUAAAUGGCGACACUUGCAUGAACUUGAGCCGAGGUCGAGGAUUUCAGCCCUGGCUUCCUAAGCUGGACAAAGUGUUUUACAAAGUGUUGUGGUGCCACUUCUGAGAAGUGUCCUGGCGCUGUCGUGAGCCUCUGAAGUAAACGUGUGCAUUUCCAGCGUGCAUUUAAGCAUCGAUGGCGUUAUACAUCCAAAAAUCAUGUAUUUGGAGAAGUAUUUGACAUCUGGUAGGAAUAACUGUGCAAUGCCUAACCGUGGUUGUACCCGAGGAUAACGAUGAGUAUUGCAAUACUAUAGCACCGAUACACUAUUAGUAGCGUGGUCACCUCUGCAGUGUUCUGAUUUGUGACCUGUUGCGCAAAGAGGAGCGUCCUGGUUGCUUUUCCCUGCGUGAAUUGCAUAAAGCAGGAUGGGGUUCGGCCGUGAUGUCCCUGCCAGGCAGAACUGACAGCUCUAACGUUUUUAAACGGCCGCCUAACAAGGCCACGACAAGGUUUUGAGCUUUUCUUAAGAAGCCGAACAUCACUUUGAUUUAAAGAGUAAUAACCUGGUUACUUACGAACUUCAUCUGUUGGUCUACGCCGUGAGCAAAUAACACAAGUUAAAUAUGUUUUUUAUAAACCCGACGGUUUGUGUUGUGUCGUGUAUUGUGGGAAUUGCUUAUGAAACGGAAGCCUUUACAUUCCUGACAGUUGUUGCCGUGAGAGGCCACAUCUUUUCAAAUUAAUUUUAAUUAAUUUUGAAUAACCCGAGACCGCUUUCUUGCAAUAAAAUGGAUGUGAACAACUUUCUAAUACAAACGUAUAACUGAAA